UCUAAAAGAAAACUGGUGUACAGGAGCAUGCUUCGCUUCACCAUACCAUGCGGGAAAAAUCUACUGUACAGAAACAAGUCGCGUGAUUUCGGCGGUCUGAAAGCUAGAAGUUGAGCCCUGAAAAAAUGUUUUUGCAGAACUCGCGAGCAUUUUUUUCGCAAGAAAAUGUCGCGGCUUUUUCUCGCUGGCGACGAUCUCCGCGCCGGAGAUCUCGCCGCGCGGGUUGUGAAGCCGAUCAGCCCAAGUGAAAAACUGUUUCCGUGCGUGAACGCUACAAAAGGCCAAAACUAGCCAUCGCAUCGAGUUGGAAAUUAGGGUUGCCAGCUUGCCCAAAUGCAUUAGCGGCUGCUUUCAAAAAGUCGGAAACCAAAUCAAACACAGCCGCCCACUGACUAGUCUCUCACCUAAAACGCAACUGCCUAAGUUCAUCAAUCGGCCGGGCAGGCUCAUUGUUGUAUCCUCCUCGGUGUGUCUUCUGUCACAUGUCCCCGCCCAGAAAUACGCGCAAUGCGGCGCAGGGUCGGCACACCUUGGCGCCCUUGUCCCGAAAUUUAAUAGCGAUGCAUGUUGUGCCGCGGUCGCUAUGAGUCGAGGGGGCGACAGGCGAAGGCUUUCCGGGAAGAAUUUUAAAGACGCUAGCUGGUUAGAGAAAGCUACUGCAGCGCCGUGAGUCCGGAUCUCACUAGCGAUACCAUUCCGGGUAGAUAUAUUCACUCGGCAGCACCCAAAAAGGCAGCAUUUUUUUUUUUUUCGAAGCCGCGUUUCUUUUCAAUUUUGCAUGACAAAAAGUGGUGAUUUGUACGUGUACAGGAAAUUUACUAUGGAUAUGUUGAUCAACGUGGUGAACCGGGAAGACGGGCAAUGCACUACCAUCCGGUUUAAACGCGGAAAGGACUGCAAGGACUGCGCGUUUGAAAUCAAGGUCGACGGCGUGGAGAAGUCCGGUUUCAUCAACGUCAGAUUCGAUGCGGACGGAGCGCCCGAAAUUUCCGCGUACGAAAAGUGCGGAACGACGGACUGCUGCGCGUUCCGCACGAGUUUCGAUCCGGACACGGGAGAUUCCACCUUCUGUGACGACGCUCCCUGGGACUGCAACUACCGACUGGCCACCGGGAACAUGCCACAGGAUUUGGAAGAGGGGCAACUAGUGGUGCGGAUGGUGCCAUUGUACAUCGGCUUGAUCUUUCUCUUCCUCUUCUGGCCGUCGAUUUCCAUCUGGAACAUGAUUCAAGACAACAAGUACAUGCAACGAUUGCAAUAUGGAGAGAAAAAAGGUUGUCACAGUUGUCGCUAACUUGCAGGUUUUGCAUUACAAAUUUUCUCAGCAUCACAAACUUUCCUUGUAUUGCAGAAACAUCACUAGGGAAAUCCCUAAUGAAGUUUGGCUGUGAUGCAUUUUUACGCAUGACAAACAAUUUUGUAUUGCAAGAAUGCGCAUGAGUGAUCGCGACGAACUUUUUUUCUUUGAUAUGCAAGCAAACUUGGAGAAACGAACAAGUUUCGGGCAGAACAACCCAGACGCUGGGCAUCACGGGCGAACGACGGGGAGUCGGAGCGGAAGCCGAGGCGGAAACCGACCGAUUGAGAACGUGUGAUGCUAGAAUUGCAUCAGGUUGUCAGAAUUUGUUUCAUCCAAAAGUUGUAGUGCUGAGUUUUAGCGGAUCAUGCGGGUUUUGGUUUAUUGUUAGAAGCGGAGGAAUUUUUUUCUUACAAAGUCUAAGUCAGUGAAAUGAAAAUUUUGUUUGUUUGUCGAUUACACGAAUUUAGGAGUCCAACUUCGGUUGGAGAACCAAGAGCGCUUUAAGUUUUAACAUGAUUACAAAUGCAUAUUUUUUUUUCAGAUUAUUCUUAACAUGAUUACUUUACAGUACAGUUUUGCAGUUUCAAUUUUCACAACAACUGCGCAUUUCGAAUUCAGAAAGUCAUUUUUAAGGUCCUCUCGGAUACCCUUCGUGAGAGACAUUCUUUUUCUUCUAAGAAAUCGCCGACCCUUAAGACAGAACCCCGACUCUCAACCCAAGUACGCAAGACGAGUUUAUUCCCCUCAUGUCUAACAUAAUUCAGUAGAGCAGUCCCCCCCAAAUUUGAUUCGGUACUAGCAGAGGCAGAGAUGGUAUCCCACCUGCUAGGUUGACCGAUCAUAUUGCAGAGGUGGAAGUGGCGAAAGGCGGUGUAGAGUGUGUGGUGGACUAUAUCUGAUUUACAUCACGUUGCAGCUGCAGGAGCAAGGACCGCCACACUUAGCACGAGUACUUAGCAAGCAAAGUUAGCGCAUUACACGAUCAGACAAGUACAAAAUCGCAACUUUUCUUUCAGGAGGAGCCACGAUUACGAUUAGAAACUCAAAGUUUCCUCCGAACUUCGACGAGAUCCCUUCACCUAUGGAAACAUGAAAACAAAAAUCCACAAGAAGAACAAACGCCACCUUCCUCAGUACCGAUCUUCGUCCCCAGAAGAUGUUAAAAUCGC